AAACCUUAAACAAAAUUUAGGUUGAUGGAAAAAAACACCAUACGCUUUGUAAUAAGUAUGAGCUUGUUGGAGAUCACUUCAGAAGAAUUUUUAGAUUUAUUUUUCACUCUUGGUUUUUAAUUCUUGGACAUUAAAGGAUUUAUAUGUUUAGGAAUUAAGGAAUUUUUGAGAUUAACAUUUCUCAGUGGAAAAUCAAAGAGGUUGUAGAAUGUGAAGUAUUCAGUUAAUAUCUUGUGAUAUUUGAGAGCAUCAAUUUGACGGCAGGGAAUUAUCACUCCGGAAUGCAAAUUGUGUAUUCCCCCUAAACAACCAUCACCAGAUAAAAAAGAGGCAUCGACCCAGGAGUACCGUCCUCUUAAAAGGUGUUAAAUUAGCAAAAGAUUGUCUGGAUAGUACCAGGUACUUAGACGUCAUCAACCUUUGGUGCUUUCGCCCUUUAAGGAUAUGUGUCACGGAUGUGGAAAAAUAUAAGCUAAUUAAAAAGUAGCAACCACAGGAUAUAGUUUUCAGAGUCGAACGACACUUCACCUUUUUGUUUGGCGACUGACUCGGAAGCUGAGACAUUUGUGUUGCUCUGUGGGUGAUACAUCACACUGUUCAAAGAUUAAAUAGAUCUUAGACGGACAAGGAGCAAUUUUUCGAAUUCAUUGACACGGUUACUUAUCCAAAAAAAAAUAUUUUUUUUGUUGAAGUAUUUUAAUUAUACGAAAACGGUGUCAUUGAUUUGUGUCAACAACCAGGGAAGUGACUAUGUCACUCAGCAAAAAGAUGGUGUCAUGUGAAUAAAAAAAAGGUCCGGAAAAGAUUUAAUUGCAUCACCUAAUUGGAUUGUUGUCUUCACCAGGAUAUAUAGGAAUUUUGUGCUUCCCAGCGGUUUAGGAGAUUCUGAGUGAAGACGAAGUGAGAUGUAAUUUUGUGACUGAGUGGAAUUUUUAUUUUUAUACAAGGAUUUGAAUUUACAGACAUGCAUGUUGAGGGAAGAGAGGGUCUGUGUGAUUCACCAACAUACGCCAACAUGAAUAUGAUUCAAGGUAUAUCUCAAUCAUAUCCCACAAAUUUUAAAAUCUACCAUUUAAUCAAUAAUUAUGAUAAGUAAUUUAUUGACAUUACAACUCUGGGUAAUAUUUUGGGAGAUAUGAGUUGAAACAUUUUAAGACAGACGUCUUUUGUUGUAUGUACAUGCAGUAUUAAUGGAUGCAGGUUCACAGUUUAUCAAAAUUGUUUCACAGCACAUGUUGCCCUGUGAGUUUUUAUUGAAAUAAAUCGGGGAAUGAUUCAAUUUUAUUAUAUACUUUUAAUGAUUCUAGCAAUCUCAAAUUUACUGGGUUUGAUUGAUAGAUUUAUAAAUAAAUAAAUGAGUAUAAAACCAGAAAUUAGCAAUAAAAAUUGUUUCAUAAAUAUGUUUUCAAGUCUUUUUUCCCCUGAUAAUUAAUGACAGCAUUGUUAAUUCUUUUUGGAGAGAUAUAUUUUGCAUAGGUAAUGUUAUAUUAGCUGAUUGAUUGUAUAAAACCACAAAUAUUUUGUCAAAAUGAAGGAUCCCAAUUACUGAAGUAAUUAAUUAAAAUGCAUAUUUAAUGAAGGGAGUUCUCAUUGUAAGAAAGAUUUAUUGCCGAUCAUGUGACCAGAAUUUUCUAUUCCAAGUCCGUCAUGAAUUAGAAAUGACUGAAUUCUCUGGUAAUUAGUUUUUCCCACAGGAAUUUAAUUAUCAUAAAUGUACACCAUGUUUAUAUCUGUUUUCCUGGUAAAUAUUUUGCAAAGAAAUGUAAUACGGAGAAAUAGCAGAUUUUUAGGGUUGUUUUUUUUAAUAUUAUUUUUGUUUAUUAAAAUUUUUAUAGGAUACAUGUAUUCAUGUAAUUGGAAAAUAUAAGCAAAAUUUGGGGGAUUUUUUUUUUUACAUUAUCAUUGUGUAUUGCAUGUGAUUGAUAAUGAAACGCACAAGUAGUUCACAGAAUGUCAGAUUAAAAUGGAAUUUAUCCAACUCAGAUAAAUGGAAGAAUAGUGAAAACAACACAUGGCCCAAAACUUUUGUGUAUCUUAAAACUAAAUGGAAUGUGUAAAUACUAUUGAUAGAACUGUAAACAGGAUGCCUGGGGCGCCUGUCUUCUGAUUCCGAUUUAAUAAUGUUGGGCCAUUUACAAAUAUGCAGCCAUUGAGUCCUUAGGCAGUUUUAUACAGUGCCGAUUUACUGGGGCUUGAAGCCAGGAAAUACACUACAUUCCAGUGUGGAAUAAUUUUCUCGCUACACUGGUUCAGCUCAAUGCCUCAAUGUUUGGUAUUUUGGCAAUCCCACAAUGCACUUGUAGUGGAGAGAGAGAGGCCAUAUUAUCAAUGAUUAUUCAGUGUUUGGCUGGCAUGAGAGCAGGGAGGAAGCCUUGGGAUUUAUUGAAAUAAUUGCAGCUGAGAAAAACAGCGAUGUUAAAUCUUAUGAAUGGACAAUAUUCAAGUGAUGAAUAUUUAGUGGUGACAGACCCGGAAGGUGUGACAAUGUCCCAGCAGCAGUACCGUGAACCCCCGCCGUACCCUGGGCAUUCCAGACAACUACAAAAUACACCAGGGUUAAGGCAAAGCUUCUCAGGAAGUGAGACUAGCACCGAUGUAUCUGUGUCCUCCACGGAGAAUUUGUCUACCUCCGUGCGACAAGAGCCACAGGGGGAGGAGAACCAGUCUUCCACUGGUUACCCUUCCUCCCAUUUGGACUAUAGUAGCAGCGAUGCCAGCUACAGUAUCCUAGCACGUCUAGGUAUGCCCACCACUGCUCUGGAAAUGAAAACGUCAACAGUCUCACAGCCGUAUUACCAAAUGGCAGGACACUGUAUUCCACAUCCAACAGAUAAAUUUGGAUAUUUAAACAAUCCAUGUUGUGGAUCUUCUUUUUCAUGGCAUCCACCCCAAGUAUCAAAUUCGUGUGUUUCUAUGACAAAAACAACAGAUGUGAUUUCAUCAAGUGGACAAACGUGGCAGUUGCAGCCCUCUUAUUUUACACAACUGCCCCCACCUCCCGAAUAUCCGGGAUUUAGUGUGGAAAAGCCUGAACAGUUACGACGGUCAUACGAGACGAUGGAUCGCGUUGAUCCAGCAGAGAUGUCCGCCUGUAAAUCCCAACCUGACCUUACGCGUUAUUGGGAGACUCACAGCAAAAUGAUGGAACAAGAAACUCUACAGCGGGAGGAUCAGAGUACUCCAACCUCAUCGAUUCGAUAUGAAGAGGUGGACCCCCUAACUGCUCGUGCUAAUAGAAUGAUUGACAUGUUGACAGAAGAAAACAGAAAACUAAGAGAUGAACUCCGUGUGUACAAUAGGAAAGUUUCAAGACUUCAAAAGUUUGAAUUUGAAAUUCAGAAGGUGCAUGAGGCUUAUGAAUCUUUAGUGAAAUCCUCACAGAAGAGAGAAAAGUUGGAAUCCAUUAUGAAGAAGAAGCUAAAGGAAGAAUUAAGAAAACUUCAGGCCACGAACAAACAGCUACAAGAGCAAGUGGACAGAUCAACCACAGAAUGUGAGGACGAUGGAGAGCAGGUGUCCGAUUUAGAGAGAAGUCGUAAAUUCGCAGCUGUGGUUGCACAAAACAAAGAGCUGAUGUCCAGCAAGGAGACAUUAGAGUUGGAGGUUGCCUCACUCCGGACAUCUCUACAGGAACAGCAGUCCAAGAUGGACAUCCUGGACAACGCACUGACCAAUGCUCAGGGCAAUGUUGUCCGGCUAGAGGAAGAGUGUUGUAAGAAGCAAGUACAGAUGGAAAGAUUAGAAAAACUACAGAAAUCCUUCUCUUGUCUAAAGGCAGCAUGUGAAAAACGUGAACAAUUCGAAAAACAAAUUAGGACUCAAUUAGAAAAAGAGGUGACAAAACUUAAAUCCCAGCAACAGGACUGCGGCUCCGUGUCGCAGUCAGAUAGUGCAGCUUCUCAAGCAGAGGCCACCAAUCUCCACUCACUACAGACUCUCAUUAAUGAGAAGAAAUCCAAGAUUCUAAAACUGGAAACAGAGGUGAUUAAGUGGCAGCAGAAGUAUCUGGAGGAGAGCGCCCUGAGGCAGUUCUCUGUCCACAAUGGACUGUCCACUGAUCUGUUGGACUCUGAAAAUUUAACAGAGGAGAAAAUUGAGAAGUUGACCCAGCUUGAGGAGGUUGUGAAUGCUCGACAGCAAGUGGAGGAACUAGAUGCAAAGCUCAAAAGUUUGCAAACAGAAUUAGCAGAAAAGAACGCUAUGAUUCGGGUGUUCCAGCGCUCAGGACCCAUGACAAGAAGUAGUAGUGUGCACACCCUCUCUGGGGCCUCAUCUUCCCUCCUCUCUCCCCGACCAUACCACCAUACAACGUGUUCACUGACCAGACAGGGAACCCUCCCCACCGUCCGUCAUGUUAAAACAGGUAGCACAAGCACAUUAGAAACUGGUGGGAGUUUUUCGCUAGAUGAAGAUUUAGCAUCACACAUUCAGCAUCUAACAACAGAGAGCAAAGAUUCCAACACUUCGUCUGAAGAUGACUCAGCAAAAAUCUGGCAAGUGUGAGUACCUCCCUCCACGAAAAGCAAUGGAAGAACGUGGUUACCUCCCUCCACAAAGUUCUUGUCUGGAUAUGAGAAAACUUGAAUGGUUUAAUGUGGGCACCCGCGGAUUUCACUGCACGAUGGAACUGUAGCAAACGUCCCUGCUAGCGGAACAUUACUGUGUUGUAUGGCAAUUUUUCAAACCUUUUUUUGCCUUUGUUUUUCCUUACUCUGUUUUGAUUUCGAUGUUGUAAGGGAAAACAAGAUUAUUUAUAGCAAGUUUUUUUUCUGGAACUUGCAUUUUCUAAUGGAAAAAACACUUUACCAAGAUCUGAUUUUAAUGUUGAUACAAUGUGUUAUGAUAACGUGAGAUGCCGGAAUAGCUUAUGUUGUUAGAGAGAGAGCUACACCAUUAUUCACCUUUUGAUUGCAUAUCAAUUCAUUUGUGUUCAUUUCUUGCUCAUGUGAAAAAAUGUUGGCAUUCGAGAUUAAAAAUUUCUUGUGCGAGGUAUAAAAUUGUGCAAUAUGCCAUCCAUAUAAUGCAGGUGCUUUCUCAUGUGAAUUCUAUCAUCUUUAAUUGUGACGUAUUGUAUGAUAUUGUGAGAGAUGUUAAUUGAUGUACUGAUUAUCAUUGUUGUCAUAGCUGAUAUUCGUUGUAAUGCUGUCCGACAUUUCAUUGUAAAAAUCAUUUUGUUGAGAAACUAUAUUUGAUCGGCAUGUCAAACCACUGCCAAGCUUUAUGUAUUUAAGCAUAUAAAUAUUUGUUUCCUCGAGAGAAAUGCUUUGUGAUCUUAAGUCUCCGAUUCUCAUUAUAGGAGAGUGAAAAAUGUCAACUUUUAUAUAAUAUGUGAACAGUUAUCUCCAUGACGAUGUUACAGAUUGUUGACACACCAAUGCAAAAAUUCCAGUGUUUGUAUUGAUGAGGUUUUUGUGUGAGAAUGUUUUUACAGUUAAUUUAUUGGGAAUGUGAGCUUUCUGUUAUAUUUUAUAUAUGUGUAAAGUAUUUUUCCAUCCAUGUGCCAAGUUUUGAUAAAAUCAGCUGGUCUGUGAUUUUAAAAUGAUGUAAAACUUGUAGAUUUUUUGAUGAUGAUGAUGUAAUACAAUAAUGAAUGAAA